CUGUUCUCUCGCCAGAGUAUGAUACUGUCAAGGAACACGUUCAAGUGACGCUGUUGGAGGAGCUGGACAGGUUGUCUCGGGCAGAGGCAACGGCAAGGGCUUCGAUGGAGAAGGAGCUGCGGGCAAAGGUGGUGACGCUGACGGCAGAGAACGAGUCGCUCAAGGAGCAGCUGGCAAAGAUCUCGGCCAAGCACAAGCGCGACUCGGCAGCGCUGCUCGAGCUUAGGUCGCGGUACGAGGUGGAUACCUUCCGCCUCAUGCGCGAGGCGCAGGAUGCCCAGGGCGCGGUGGCCAACUCGGAGGCGUACGCAGACUCGAACAUCCAGUCGCUCCGCAGCUCGCUGACCGAGGCCCAGGCCAUGCUGGUGGAGGAGCGGGCCGGGCGCGAGGCGGCGGCGGGUGCGGCGGCCGAUGCCAAGGCUGCGCUGGAGAAGACCGCGGCCAUGGCUGACAAGUCGGUUCGGGCCCUCGCCUCGCUGCAGGAGGAGCACGGCAAGCUGGAGGCGACCAAAAACGCUGUCAUCGAGGAGCUCGAGUUUGAGAUCCGCAUCCUCCGCCGCCAGCUUGACGAGAUGGUUGGCCUAGAGGAGGACUUUGCUGCCCUCGCCAAGUCGCACACUGCGCUCCGCAACCGGGUCACCGACCUCCAGUCGGACCGCGCGCGUGAGCAAGCCGAGGCUGAAGACGCGCUGGCGCAGCUCGAUUACGAGGGCGCGCUGCUCAAGACCAAGCUGGCCGAGGAGGCUGCCGGGCGGACCGAGGCUGAGCGCGAGGCCGGGCGACUCCGCGGCGAGCUUGCCGAGCUCGCUUCCGAGCGCGGCGAGGUCUCGACAGCGCUUGCUACGCUGCAGUCCAAGUACGACUCGCUUGCCGCGCGCAAAGCCGAGCUUGACGACGUGCACGAGAGUGUGCUGCGGCAGCGGGUCUCGCUCGAGGCUGAGACUGCGGAGCUCAAGUCGCGGUCGAAGACCUACGACGAGAUCCGGGCCGAGGUCAUGGCCCAGGCCAACGAAAAGGUGGCGUACCUUAAGGACGCGCUGGAGGAGGCGCAGCUCGACAACGAUGCCGUGCAAGAGAAGCUCGAGCGUGCGACGCGUGCGGCGGCCAAGGCGCAGACCACGGCCGAGGCGACCGUCCGCCGGCUCGAAGGCGACGUGGCGACGCUCAAGGCCGGGCUUGCCGACGCGCAGGCGUACGCCGCCCAGCAGGAGGCGCAGGUUGAGGCGUUGCAGAGCGAGCUUGACGAGGCGCUCUCGGCACGGACCGCCGCCGAGCGGCAGAUUGCACUGCUGUCGGCCCAGGCCGAGGCGCUCGAGGCCGAGCGUGCAAGCCUUGCCGCGCAGGUGGCCAAGGGCCAGGAAGACCUCAGCACGGCGCGGGCUGACGCGGCGGCGGAGCGCGAUCGGCUCAACGCUGCUCUCCUCGCGGCGCAGGCUGAUAAGGCCGAAGCGCAGGACGCGGUGGAGCGGAUCCAGAGCCAGCACGACAAGCUCGCCGAGCAGCUGCAGACCCGAGCGGCGAUGCAGAAUCAGAUCGAUGCGCUGCAAGAGGAGCGAAGCCAGGUCGGCGCACGGGCGGAGAGCCUGGAGAGCCAGCUGGCCAACGCUCAGGCGCGGGCUGAGGCCGCCGAGGCCAACGCGGCGUUCUUGCAGGAGACCAACGGUGCGGUGGCGGCGGAGUGUGACAUUGUGGCAGCGGAGCGCGAUGCGCUCAAGAGCCGCAACGCGUCGCUCGAGUCGGCAGCGGCGGCGGCGUCGUCGGACGCGGCGGCCGAGACGAGCCAGCUCCAGCGGGCGGUGGCGUCGCUCGAGUCGGAGCUCUCGGGCCUCCGCGCGACCCGCGACGAGUGGCGCGACAAGUACGACUCGCUCCUGGACACGUACUCGGAGAUGGAGAGCAGGAGCGCAAGCGAGGUCUCUGCGCUGCGGCUGCGUGUGGCGCGGCUCUCCGAGGAGCGGUCGGUUCUCGAGCGCAAGCUCUUUGACGAGGUCCAGCUCCGCGCCGCCAUGCAGGCUCGGUUGGAUCCGCACUCGGAGGUCUCGCGCGAGGCGCUCGACGCGUUGCGGGCCGAGCUCUCGGCUGACUUUGACGCCGAGCGGGCGAGACUCAACGCCGAGAUUUCGUUGCUCAACCGCGAGGCUGGCGAGCGCGCCGAGGAGCUGGCACAUGCCGACCGCGAGAUGGCCCGGCUCAAGUCGCGCCUCCGGUCGGCCACCGAGGACAAGGAGCGUGCCGAGGCUUCGGCAGCAUCGGCGGCGUCGGCGCUGCUCCCUCAGAUUGAGUCGCUUCAGUCGCGGGUUGACGCCCUCUCCCGUGAGCGCGACGAGCUCCGGUCCUUGUCGCACGCCGACUUGCUCGCCGCCCAGACCACCAUCUCGGAGCUCCGCGCCUCUGUCUCGAACCUGCAGUCACGCCUGACCGAGGCUCACUCUCGCCUCGCCUCGCUUGAAGGCCGGCUUGCCACUCUGCCUGGCCUCCAGCGCGACCUCGAGCAUGCCCGCGCUGCCCGCGAGCAGCAGGCUGCCGACUACGACGCCAUCAUUGCCAAGCUCCGCGCCCAGCUGCAGGGCGAGCGCGAGCGUGCCGCCGACGCCGAGCUCGCGCUGGAGGAUACCACCGGCGAGCUGCUCAAGGAGAAGAAGGCCCGCGCCGCCGCAGAGCGCGAGUCGGCCCGCGCCGUGGCCGAGGAGGAGCGGCUCGAGACGCAGCUUGUCUCCAAGGUCCGCAACCUGCAGAUGCAGCUCCACGACCUCAAGGCUCGCAAUCGCGAGCUCGCCAACGAGUCGAUGCAGACCCAGGACGAGCUCAUGCUCCGUCUCGAGCACGCCAUUGGCGAGCGGGCAGAGCUUGGUAAGAAGCUCGACGAAGAGUCGAUGCGGCGUGCCGAGCUCGAGGCCGCGUCCAUGAUUAUGGACUCGUCCGCGCAGCUGGGCUGCUGGCUGGUGCUGGUCCUGGUCUUGGUGCUGGAACUGGAACUGGAGCUGGUCGUCUUGGUCGAUUUUGCUGUGAUUGGGGCAUCCAAGGUGUGGGAGUCGGCGGAAGAGGCUGUGGCCGACAUUCCGUCGGGCGCCUCGCUGGCUGUGGGAGGCUUUGGUCUCUGUGGCAUUCCUGAGCAUCUCAUUGCCGGGCUGGUGGCGUCGGGGGUGAACAACCUGACGGCGUACUCGAACAAUGCUGGAGUGGAUGACUUUGGGCUUGGCUUGCUCCUGCAGGGGCAUCAGAUCAAGCGCAUGGUCUCGUCGUAUGUGGGCGAGAACAAACUGUUUGAGCGGCAGUACCUGACUGGCGAGCUCGAGGUUGAGCUCACGCCGCAGGGGACGCUCGCUGAGCGGCUGCGGGCUGGCGGCGCGGGCAUUCCGGCGUUUUACACGCCGACGGCGGCCGGGACGCUUGUCCAGGAGGGCGGGUUCCCCAUCAAGUACCGAGCUGACGGCGAGGUGGAGAUUGCGUCCGAGCCGCGCGAGGUGCGCGAGUUUAACGGGCGGUCGUAUGUGCUCGAGCGCGGGAUCACGGCCGACUUUUCGCUUGUCAAGGCGCAUGUGGCGGACACUCACGGCAACCUCAUUUUCCGCGGAACGGCGGGCAACUUCAACGCCGACUGCGCGACGGCAGGCAAGAUCUGCAUUGCCGAGGCCGAGGAGAUUGUGGAGGCCGGUGAGCUCGAUCCUGCAGACAUCCACCUGCCGGGCAUCUACGUCCAGCGGCUGGUCCACGGGACGCAGUACGAGAAGCGGAUCGAGCGGCGGACGGUGGCGGCGGCUGGCGGCGAGAAGCCCGAGCUCACCGGCUCCCGCGAGGUCAUUGUCAAGCGGGCAGCCAAGGAGCUGCGCGACGGCAUGUACGUCAACCUUGGGAUCGGCAUUCCGACGCUGGCGUCCAACUUUGUCGAGCCCGGCGUGGUCAUCCACCUCCAGUCGGAGAACGGCCUGCUGGGUAUGGGGCCGUACCCGACGGAGGACCAGGUCGACGCUGACUUUAUCAACGCCGGCAAGGAGACGGUGACCACCAUUCCGGGCUCGUCGCUCUUCUCGUCGUCGCAGUCGUUUGCCAUGAUCCGCGGCGGCCACGUCGACCUCACCAUCCUCGGCGCCAUGGAGGUGGCGGCCAACGGCGACCUGGCCAACUGGAUCAUCCCGGGCAAGAUGGUCAAGGGCAUGGGCGGCGCCAUGGACCUGGUCUCGUCCGGCUCGCGUGUCGUUGUCACCAUGGAGCACACCGCCAAGUCGGGCGCUCCCAAGAUCCUGCCGGCGUGCAACCUCCCGCUCACGGGCCGCUCCGUCGUCGAUCGCAUUAUCACCGAGAAGGCCGUCUUUGACGUCGUCGAGGGCACCGGCCUCGUUCUCAUCGAGACUUCCCCGGGCGUCUCGGUCGACGAGGUCAAGUCGCUCACCGCUGCUCCCUUUGUCAUCUCGGACGACUUCUUUGAGCGGACUGAGUAA